CGGUCGCAGGCGGGCGCCCAGCGCCCGGGCCGGGGCGAUCGCAUGAGCCGUGCGCGGCGGGUGUUGUGCCGGGCCUGCCUCGCGCUGGCCGCGGUCCUGGCUGUGUUGCUGCUACUGCCGCUGCCGCUACCGCUGCCGCUGCCUCGCGCGCCCGCACCGGACCCCGAUCGGGUCCCGACCCGGAGCCUGACCCUCGAGGGAGACCGCCUGCAACCCGACGACGUCUUCAUUGCAGUCAAGACCACUCGGAAGAACCACGGCCCGCGCCUGCGGCUGCUGCUGCGUACCUGGAUCUCACGAGCCCCACGGCAGACGUUCAUUUUCACCGAUGGAGACGACCCUGAGCUCCAGAUGCUGGCAGGCGGCCGCAUGAUCAACACCAAUUGCUCUGCUGUGCGCACCCGCCAAGCACUGUGCUGCAAAAUGUCGGUGGAAUAUGAUAAGUUCCUAGAAUCUGGACGAAAAUGGUUCUGCCACGUGGAUGAUGACAACUACGUGAACCCCAAAAGCCUGCUGCACCUGCUUUCCACCUUCUCUUCCAACCAGGACAUCUACCUGGGGCGACCUAGCCUGGACCACCCCAUCGAAGCCACAGAGAGGGUCCAAGGCGGUGGCACCUCAAACACAGUGAAAUUCUGGUUUGCUACUGGUGGGGCUGGGUUCUGCCUGAGCAGGGGCCUUGCCCUCAAAAUGAGCCCGUGGGCCAGCCUUGGCAGUUUCAUGAGCACAGCAGAGCGGGUUCGGCUGCCUGAUGACUGCACUGUGGGAUACAUCGUGGAAGGACUUCUGGGCGCCCGUCUGCUCCAUAGCCCCCUGUUCCACUCGCACCUGGAAAACCUGCAGAGGCUGCCGUCUGGUGCUAUUUUGCAGCAGGUUACCUUGAGCUAUGGGGGUCCUGAGAACCCACAUAAUGUGGUGAAUGUAGCUGGCAGUUUCAACAUACAGCAGGACCCUACACGGUUUCAGUCUGUGCACUGCCUUCUCUACCCAGACACCCACUGGUGUCCUAUGAAGAACAGGGUUGAGGGAGCUUUCCAGUAACUGCCGACUCCUGGUGGCUGCUCUACCCGGCUCCCUCGGGCCUUAGAUCAUGGCGGUCAGCAGAAGCUGCUUGAAGGCCUCCCACGACCUCGGUCCCAGUUGGACACCAGGUACCUCUGGAAAAUGAGACAACCGGGCUGUGCGUGCCGAGACCGUCCAGGAAGAGAGAAAGGCAAAGAUGCUGAGUGCCUGAUGCCUUUAGCCCAGCCACAGGUCCUUCCCUGGACAAAGUCUACCACCCCAGCUACCCCAGAGACAGUGGUUCCCAGCCCAGCCACAGGUCCUUCCCUGGACAAAGUCUACCACCCCAACUACCCCAGAGACAGUGGUUCCCAGCCCAGCCACAGGUCCUUCCCUGGACAAAGUCUACCACCCCAGCUACCCCAGAGACAGUGGUUUCCAGCCCAGCCACAGGUCCUUCCCUGGAUAAAGUCUACCACCCCAGCUACCCCCAGACUGUGGUUCCCAGCCCAGCCACAGGUCCUUCCCUGGACAAAGUCUACCACCCCAGCUACCCCAGAGACAGUGGUUUCCAGCCCAGCCACAGGUCCUUCCCUGGAUAAAGUCUACCACCCCAGCUACCCCCAGACUGUGGUUCCCAGCCCAGCCACAGGUCCUUCCCUGGAUAAAGUCUACCACCCCAGCUACCCCCGAUGGUGCUUCCCAGCCUCCAACUGCUGCGGCUUGUCCUCACCUGCAGAAGAUGGGGCCAGGUGGGCUAGUCGUUAAGGGGUGGGCUUCAGGCCUGGCCACCGGCUCAUAGAGCCACCACUAAGUAAGAAUGUACAGACUGUGUGACCAGAGGAGACUUGGGACCAGCCUUGGGACCAGCCUUGGGACUGUUUUUGUGUAGGGGCUGCUGUUCUCCCAUUACCUCCAUCUGAGCCCUCCCAGAGACACUGCUGGGAGACUUCCUUCCUCUAACGUGGUGUUCAGGAUGCUUCCCUCUGAGCUUCCCAUCGCUAGAGCCUUCCCUUUGGGCUCCUUGGAGUGAGAUGCAGGCUCAUCCAUCAGCUUUUACGGGGAGGCCGAGGGGAGCGGUUGCAAUGUUGAGUAAAGGCUUCCUUGUCAUUCCUA